AUGCCAAUUUCGGACCAUUCUGCUUUUGAAAAUGCACAAAAUAAAUUAAUUCUUGAGGAGUUAAAUUAUGACAAUUACAACAACAAAACACUGCACAAUGAUUUAUACAAGGGUCUCAACAAUUGCCAAAGACACAUAUAUAAUUCAAUCCUUGAUUUAGUAAACAAUCAAAGAGGAAUACCAUUUUUUGUUUACGGGCAUGUUAGAAUAGGCAAAACCUUCCUAUGGUCAGCAAUCAUAGCAAAAUUACGGUCUGAACGUAAAAUUGUUCUCACUAUAGCUACCUCAGGAAUUGCUGCAUUGGUGCAACCAGGAGGAAGAACAUCACAUUCACGUUUCAAAAUACCUUUAGAUACCAUAGGGCAAAGUACAUGUGAUAUUAAAAAGGGAACACAAUUAACAAAACUACUUUUGGAAACAUCUUUGAUAAUUUGGGAUGAAGCACCCGUGGAAAAUAUAUAUUGCUUUGAAGUUCUUGACAGAACUUUUAGAGAUAUUUUGUCUGAAAAAGAUCAGUCAAAUGCAGAUAUAAUAUAUGGAGGCGUCACUGUUGCCCCGGGUGGCGAUUUCAGACAGAUUUUGCCAAUUAUACCAAAAAGGAAAAAGCAUGAUAUAAUGCAAGCCUAUUUAUCCUCAUCUUCCCUUUGGCAACAUGUAACGGUGUUGAAAUUGACAGAGAACAUGAGAUUGAAGAAAAAUUUAGGAAACCCAACAGAAUUAAAUGAGUUGAACGCUUUUGACAAAUGGUUACUUGAGAUUAGAGAAGGAACAGGCGUUGUAGAAGAUGAAAGUUACAUCCAAAUUCCUGAGGAUUUGAAGGUCACUCAACAUAACAGUCCCCAAGAAACAAUUGUGAAUGUUGUGUUCCCAGAUUGA